AUGGCUCUUCACGCAACAGCAGAUGUCGAACGCAUCGAGGCGCCAGUUUCCUGGAAGGCCUAUCUCCUUUGCGCUUUCUCCUCCCUCGGUGGCAUCUACUUUGGGUACGACUCUGGGUACAUCAAUGGUGUCAAUGGCAUCGCAGACUGGGUGGACAUCAUUGAUCCCGGUCAUACCACGCUGACCGCAUCUCACUCGUCCCUCAUCGUGUCGAUUCUCUCCGCUGGCACCUUUUUCGGAGCGGUCAUUGCAGGGGAUGUCGCCGAGUGGAUUGGGCGCAAAUGGACUGUCAUUUGCGGCUGUGUGAUUUACGCAAUUGGCAUUGUCAUUCAAAUGCUCACCGGCAUUGGUGGUAACGCUCUUGGCAUCAUUGCUGCUGGCCGUCUCAUUGCCGGUAUUGGAGUCGGCUUCGAAUCUGCAAUCGUGAUCCUAUACAUGAGUGAGAUCUGCCCCAAGAAGGUUCGUGGUGCCCUUGUCGCCUGCUACCAAUUCUGCGUCACCAUUGGUCUCAUGCUGGCGUCUUGUGUGGUCUACGGAACAGAACGGCGGGGAGAUAGUGGCUCCUACCGGAUUCCAAUUGCGAUUCAAUUUAUCUGGGCCAUCGUUCUGGGCGUUGGGCUUCUGUUCCUCCCUGAAUCGCCUCGCUACUUCGUCAAGAAGGGCCAGACGGAGAAAGCCAGACAGGCCCUCUGUCUGGUCCGCGAUCAGCCUCGCGAUUCCCAAUACGUCGAGGCUGAACUCGCCGAGAUCAUUGCCAACGAGGAGUACGAACGCAAUAUCAUACCCGACGCCGGGUGGUUUGGAAGCUGGAAGAACUGCUUCCGAGGUAGCCUCUGGGUGCAGAAAUCCAACCUGCGUCGUACCAUUCUGGGCACCUCCCUUCAGAUGAUGCAGCAGUGGACCGGAGUGAACUUCAUCUUCUACUUCUCGACCACCUUCCUCCAGUCCACCGGCGCAAUCAGCGACACGUUCUUGACGUCGAUGAUCUUCACCAUCGUCAACGUGUUCUCGACCCCAGUCUCCUUCUACACCGUCGAGAAGUUCGGCCGUCGUUCCCUUCUCAUCUACGGCGCCCUCGGCAUGCUGGUCUGUCAGUUCAUCGUCGCCAUCAUCGGGGUCACGGUUGGCUUCAACCACACUCACCUGGAUGCCGGCGGCAACACCAUCGCCAACAAUAUCUCGGCCGUCAACGCCCAGGUCGCACUGAUCGCCAUCUACAUCUUCUUCUUCGCGUCCACGUGGGGCCCUGGCGCAUGGAUUCUCAUCGGUGAAAUCUUCCCCAUCCCCAUCCGCUCCCGCGGCGUCGCUCUCUCCACCGCCUCCAACUGGUUGUGGAAUACCAUCAUCGCCGUCAUCACUCCUUACAUGGUGGGAUCCGACCCGGGUGAAGCCAACAUGAGAUCCUCGGUCUUCUUUGUCUGGGGCAGUCUCUGCACCGCUUGCUUUGUCUACGCCUACUUCCUUGUUCCAGAGACCAAGGGCCUGUCGCUGGAACAGGUUGAUCAGAUGAUGGAGGAAUGUACGCCUCGGACCUCGCCGAAAUGGCGUCCGCACUCUACAUUCGCCCGGGAGAAGGGGAUGGUCGCUCCUGAACAGGGGGAGGUGGAACAGAUUGCCUAG